GAGGAGAGACGGUGAACGUAAUAGAACAGAUUCAGAGACCGAGACACCGAUAGGAAAGAAAGUCAUCAGGGAGGGAUUUCCACUCUCAGAGACUUAGAGAAUGUGAUAAGAAGCCAGAGGAUCAGAGAGUCAGGCCCGGGUAGACAGGAGUGUCAGAAAAGUUAGCAAGGGGGAGGGAGAUCAGGAAGGGAUGGGUAUGAAAGGAGAGACAGAGGGAGAGGAAGAAGAGGUUCACAAAGACAAGAUACAGACAAGGAAUACAGGCAUACAGAGGCAAAGGGAGAGAAAGGGACAGAACUUUGAGAUACACCAAAGAUGGAUGGAGGGAGAGUUUUCAAAGACCUAGAGAAGGGUGACAGCAAGAAGAGAGACAGUUGGAGGUAGAUUUGUUAGGAAAACGUAUCCAAAAUUUGACAAUAGGACGAAAAAAGAUGGUUGGGGGCCCUCUCUGCAUUUCCUAGCAUUGUAUACCAAGUAGUCUCGGAACUACCUUUCGAUCAGAAUCCAGGCUGCAAAUGCUUGGGGUUAGAGUUGUAUCACCCCUAGGACACUGAGCAGGAACUGAGACACCCGGGGCCGCUGCCCUGUAGGGCACUCAUUCGACUUUGGGCUUUUAUUUCAGUGUUCCUCAUUUCUUUCACCCUUUCUGUUCCUUCUUCCUCAUCUUCCUGGAACUACCUAUGUCAUCCUGCUGCUAGUUCCCUCCAUGAGGCAGAGGCAGGUAUGGCAGGAGAGGCCAAGAGGCUGCCAUUGUGGGCACAUUGGUAGCUACUGUGGAUAGGCCCUGGGGAGAGACCUCAUCAAGGUGCGUGGCUCAGGGAGGCGGAAUGAAGACAACUCCCCGGCUGCCAAUGUCGGGGAAGGCACCCCUUGGUGGGAUUGGCCUCCGCCACAGUGCCAAGCGGGACCGAAAGUCCAUCACCCUCCAUGUGAAGUUAGAGGUGCUCCGGAGGUUUGAGGAAGGUGAGAAGCUGACUCAGAUUGCCCGGGCCCUGGGGCUGGCCACCUCUACCGUCGCUUCCAUCCGUGUCAACAAGGACAAGAUCCGGGCCAGUUCUCAGGCAGCCACCCCUGUCAGCGCCACGCAGCUGACCCGCUGCCGGGGUGUGGUGAUGGGCCAUAUGGAACGCUUGCUGAGCCUAUGGAUUGAGGAGCAAAAGCGGCAGAACCUGCCCAUCAGCACACUGCUCAUCCAGGACAAGGCACGGCGGCUCUUUGUGCAGCUGCAGCAUGAGCAGGGUAAUGGCACUCAGGCUGAGACCUUUGGGGCCAGUAAUGGCUGGUUUGCCCGAUUCAAGGCUCGCCACAAUGUGCUUUUGACAGAUGAGCCAUCUGUGGCUGACACCCAGGCUGCUGCCCACUAUCCCCCAGUGCUGCGCACCAUCCUGGAGGAGGGCUGCUACUCACCAUGCCAGGUCUUCAAUGUGGACGAGACGGGCCUGUUCUGGAAGCGGCUCCCGGAGCGCAUGCUGCUGGCCCUGGAAGGGGCAGCCAGGCCUGGCCUCAAGGCCUCCAAGGACCACCUGACUCUGCUGCUUGGUGGCAAUGCAGCUGGUGAUUUCAAACUGAAGCCGCUGCUGGUGUACCCCUCAGAGAACCCGCGUGCCCUCAAGGGCUGCUCCAAGGCCAGCCUUCCUGUGGUCUGGCGCUCUAACCGCAAUGACUGGCUGACACCCAGCAUCUUCCAGGAGUGGUUUACUGGCUGCUUCUGCCCUGCCGUGGAGAGCUACUGUGCCAGCCACGGCCUCCCACACCGAGCCCUGUUGCUCUUGGAUGGCGCGCCCUGCCACCCUGCUCAUCUGGGUGGCCUCUCAGCCCACGUGCGAGUUGAGUUCCUGCCCAAGAACACAUCGGCCCUGAUCCAGCCUAUGAACCAGGGUGUCAUUGCCACAUUCAAGGCCCAUUACCUGCGCCGCACGCUCAGCCAGCUGGUCCAGGAGACAGCUGGGGAAGACCGGCCCUCUGUGCGGGAAUUCUGGCGCAGCUACACUGUUGUGACUGCUGUGGACAAUAUAGCCGAAGCCUGGGCAGAGCUGCAGCCUGCCACCAUGAAUAGUGCCUGGAGGAAGCUCUGGCCCGAGUGUGUCCCCUCUGGCACCCCCGAGCCUGACACCGUGCCUCAGCUCCGUCGCAGCAUUGUCACGCUAGCCAGCCAUGUGGGCCUUGGAGAUGCAGCGGAGGCCGAUGUCGCCAGCCUCCUGCAGGCCCAUGGGGAGCCCCCACCCCACGGCAGCCCCCAGGAUGCAGAAGAUGGGGACAUCAGCGGCUCUGGGUUGCCCUGGAAGGCAGGGAAAGUCUCGGUCUCCAGAAAACCAGAGCCAGAUUUCACAGAGGCUAUGGUGGGUGCGGGGACCGAGGAAGCUGAUGUGGGUGCUCUGAGCACCGAGCACCUGGCCCAGGCCCUGUCUCACUUUGCUGCUGGUUUACGGGUCCUCAUGGAGAAUGAUCCAAACCGGGAGCGCAGCCUACGGGUGUCCCGGGGUGUCCACUGUGCCCUUGCCCGCCUCCGGGAGCUGCACCGGGAAAGGAGGCGACAGGCCCGGGCAGCUGCAUCCUUAGGGGGCCCCAUGGCAGUGGCAACAAGGGCUUUGGCAGGAAACCUGCCCUUGCCCCAAGUGGGGCCCAUAGAGGGUGGGGAUGUGGCUAAGGGCACAGGUCAUAAAGGUCAGACCUCUGGCUGUCUUGUAUGAUUUGGGGUUGGGCUUGACCUCACAUGAUCUCUCUCUAAUGAUGUUUUGUUUCUGGAGGUCAGAUACUGCUACUUCUCCCCUAGAGUUCUCCUAUCUCAUGCUCUGUGGUCUUUGUAUAGUGACACACAGCUCGGGCUUGGGGAACAGAAGGGUAGUGUUCUCUGACUGGCAGAUGAACUGCAGGGCCCAGGAGUGCCCACCCAUGACAGGGACACAUCCUGUAGUAUGGUAGUUGCCCAGCACAGCCUGCCAGGGCAGCUUUUCUUGUGGUGAGGGGCCAGCACUGAGACCCACCUCUCCCAUUUUCCAAACCUGACCUCUUACUCCCUGCACCAUUGUGACCCUUCCUUGCCAACUUUAGAUGAGGGUUUCCUGCUCUCGGCAUGUCCUUUGUCACUCUCCAUGCCAUCCUCACCUCUUCCCGCUUCCAUGGCCUCUGUUGAUCUGGGUCUCUGUUACCUUUCCUGUGCCUGAGCACUUUGAUUCACUGUGGAUUUUGAUACCAGGGUUCACUUCCUUCAUCUGGAGAUGUUUUCUUCCCUGAGUUUCUGUGCUGUCGUUGUCUUGGCUUCCCUCUAGCCUUUGAGGUUGAGCCUUUUGUGGCUGUGAUGGUCUCCCAGUUCUGGUGCUCUUUGGAAAAUACCAUCCACUCCUAAGAGCUGUGAUCACCUCAGGGUUAACUCCCAGUGCAUUGGCUACAGCCCAGCCUCUCCCUGAGUUAGACCCAAAGCUCUGAUUCUGGUGGAGACCCCCACCCCCCAGUCUUAUUAUCUCCCCUAAUUCCAGUUUGUUUUCCUGUCCCCCAGACUGUAACAACAGGCAUCAUGGGGUGUCCACCUGACUGCAGAAACACCUCUUGGGUCACCAAAACACAGAUAGUCAGCAAGGGAAGGUGUUCUUGUGCUCCAGCUGGAUGAGCCACAGGUGGUGGGACAGGGAUGUCUGGGCUUGUGGACUCCUUUCGACACAGGUGUGUGCACACACACAAACAGACACGCAUACCAAGAAAUAAAGGUGGGAGGAAGGA